UGAAAUCUCCCUGGUAUCAUUGGAAUUGGGUAUUGUGUUCGCUUUACCUCAACGAAAGAAGAGGCAGGUUUCGCAAGCCUACGAAGAGCUACAUGUACCAACGACGAUGGAGAGUCAGAGUAUAUACAUGUAAAUGCACUUUUUUAUCGACGCUUAGAUCUUUUCCACGAUUCCUCCUGCAACUAAGGAUAACUUGUAAAAAGGAGGAUUUAGGGGUGUCUCGUAAAUGAAUUAGCGUGGGACUUGAUGCCUUGCAGGCAGACCACUGCACUGCGCACUACGUGGCCGGUGUAACGUUUUUGGUUAUCUCCCACAUUCCAGUGCUUCGUACAAUAGACAGUGUGCUAGAAAGGCCACAACUUUUUUUAUUGGAAACAGAAAAAAACGUGUCGAUCUGUCUUUCAGUGUUCCCAACCAAUGUUCCCAACCAAUGAGGAGAACGCUUAGAAACGGAACCACUGAAUAACGCUACACCUGGUUAAUUGCUCUAAUGUUAAAUCUGCAUCGCACUUUUUCUAUACCGAAAAUAGGAACAAAUAUAACAUAUAAUGUCAACAUCAUGAGGUAACCUAGAUGAAAGUAUCUCCUCCACUGCAGCACCGAUCUAAAAAUGACUGAACCAACCGUCGAAGAACCAUCGCUUAGUGUCAUGGAUAUGAAGUACGACUACGACCGAAACUACCAGCCUGUCCAUCCCGCGCCCGUACCCGUCCCGAGUUUACCAAAGCCAGUCCACCUUCCCUUUACUCUUGUUUCAAAUGGGGCGAACGACGUGACAGCACCUCAGCCGGAUAUGGACGACCCACCACCAGCAUACCAGGAAGUAGAAUCAAAAGAUGCAGCUUUCCAAUUUCCACCAAUCACCUUCUGCGACAUCUACCCGAAAUGCAUUACGCCUGGACAUGAGGCACGGCAUCCUGUAUUCGAAAGAUUUGACGCCAUCAUUCAAGCUGCCAACAGCUGGUUAAAGGAGAACCCAUUGCUCAAACUUGUCUCCUGUGAAACACUCGACAGACGUUGCUCCUUGAGUGGUGACGUAGAUACCCAGACGCCAUACCGACACGAGCCGAGCAAUGGCGAACAGUCUUUCGUGAGGAUAUUAAGGUUAUGGCUAACAAAAGAAACGGCUGAAAAUGCGAAUCUGCAACAACUAGGCUACUGCAACCUCGUCCCGACAACUAGGACAGCCGAGGAAAAAGCAGAAGUUGACAACACACUUCCGGAUACCGUGGUUUUCCAUCCGGGUAUGCUGAAGGUUGGUCACGUGGUGCUAGGCGGCAUCCAUGGCAUGACUGUGGGCAUGAAAGGGCCCGUUAUGAAGUUCCAGCGAUACCAGACGAUCCAGCAAGUACUUAAGGCGUUUAAUAGGCAGAUAGUGAAGGAUCCACUCCCAGGGAGAGUCCUUUCCGUUGAAAGCGUCGAGUUUAAGAAGAGCGAGUCCUGGGAGCGGGAGGCGGUCGACCUUGAUUGUUGCUAUUGGCACAUGCGGAACAUGACCGCAAAACACUUCCUGUCCUGCCUGAGAGUUUAUUACAUUCUGGGGGAAAGCGCGUCAGAACAAAUAUCGGUGACGUCCUUUUCGCCAGCCAAGCAGAGUCGGCAAGGUGGACAUCCGUCUGGAGGGCGAUUUGAGGGUUUCGACAGCAUGUUGACGAGAACCAGCCAAUGGAUUCAAAGCCAUAGUGGCCAGAAAUUAUUGAACCUUCAGUCUACACUAAUUCGCUUUUCCGGCAGCGCCACGAUUGGAGCACUGAAAGAUGACAUAGACACCGAGGCUACAUAUACAAUGGAACUAUCCACAGGCGAGACAAAUUUCAUCCGCAUACUCCGAGCAUUUAGCGUCAAGACUGAAAAACAUGGCGACGUGGACAAGGUCACGUGCAAGCUGUUCCAUCCAAUCAAAAUCGACAGGAAAAAGUACGAAACCGUUCAAGAAGUGUUACAGAGAACAAACAGGUGGAUACUAGCCGCAGGCUUACAAGAUAGAUUCGUUGGCUUCGAGACAACAGAGCUGCCCUUGAGCUCGCUUGAGGCCACGGCUGCCACAUUAAAGACAAAUGCCACUGCGAUGAAGAUGUACAGGACCCGGGGGAAUUUUUGGAUCACGUGCUUCAGACUUUAUAUAAGAGGCGAAUACACCGAACCAGCAGAUGACGAAACUUCUGUCCAAGUCAAGAACAGUUCAUGCACCAUUUCUUAGUCAGUUGGAGACAUUAAAGGCAUUUGGCGAAACGGCAAGACCUCAUGGCUCUGCGAUCGCUUAAUCUGACGAAAAAUUGCUGCCAAGCACACAUUUAUGACCGACGUA